AUGCUAUUCAACACAUUACCUGAUCAAACUGUUGCGGAUGCUGAUUCUAUUCAUCAUCGUCAUGUUCAUUCUUCUACUACUAAACAUCAACGUACAUCAACUGAUGAUGUUGCACUUAAACGACAUCUUGGUUUAUUCUCUGGAGUUUGUUACAUUAUUGGUAUCAUCAUUGGUUCUGGUAUAUUUGUUUCACCAAAAGGUGUUCUACAAGAAACACAAUCAGUUGGAUUAUGUUUAAUUAUUUGGAUGGCAUGUGGAUUUAUAUCUCUUUUAGCGGCACUUUGUUUUGCAGAGAUUGGUACGGUGAUACCAAGAAAUGGUGCAGAAGUAGCUUAUAUGAAGGAAGGUAUUGGAUCAGUUCAUGAAAGAACAGGAGAUAUAUUAGCAUAUCUGUCUGUCUGGGCAGAUAUAUUUACUAUUAAGCCAGCGACUAUUGCCGUUUUAUCUCUUACUUUUUCUCGAUAUUUUUUAUCUGGCAUUAUGAUUAAUUGUGGACCAUCUGAAGAACUUGUUAAAAUGCUAGCAAUUUUCAUUAUUUUAAUACUUAUGAAUAUUAACUCAAUCAGUGUAUCAGCAGCUAAUCGUUUGAAUAUUGUUUUCGUGAUUUGCAAAGUAUUGACUAUGUUGACAAUUGCAAUAAUUGGUUUUGUACGAAUUGGACAAGGAUAUACACAAAAUUUAAAAAAUGGUUUUGCUGACACAACAAAUAAACCAUUCGGUGUUGCACUUGCAUUUUAUAAAGGUUUAUUUGCUUACGGUGGAUGGCAUUCUUUGAAUUCAGUAACAGAAGAACUGAAAAAUCCUAAAAGAAAUUUAUGGUUAUCUAUUUCAUUAGCUGUACCUAUUGUUAUUAUGCUCUAUGUUUGCAUUAAUAUUUCUUAUUUCACUGUGAUGAACAAAGCAGAAUUACUUAGUUCUAAUGCUGUUGCUGUCACUUGGGGUGAAGCUGUAUUAGGUCCUGUUGUUCGUAUUUUACCUAUUCUAAUUUCUAUCAGUGCAUUAGGCAGUGCUAAUGGAAAUCUUUUUGGAGCUGCUCGAUAUUGUAUGGUUGGUGCUCAAUAUGGAUAUUUACCAGAAGUAUUUGCAUGUAUUCAAACACAACGAUUAACACCAAUACCCGGUGUUGUUCUACAGGCUCUUCUAGCAAUUAUGUUUUGUAUUCCAAGUAAUAUCUAUGGAUUAAUUGAUUUUGUUAGUUUUGUUAGUUGGAUCUUCUAUGGCUUAGUAUUUGUUGCUACACUUUGUUGUAAAUUUACAAAAAAAGAUGCACCACGAACGAUUAGUAUACCAAUUCCAUUAAUCAUCAUUAUUAUAUUGAUUUCAAUUUACUUAGUUCUUGUUCCUUUGAUUGUAUCUCCAAGUUUUGGAUUUCUUAUUGCAGCCAUUAUAAUUUUAUUUGGUUUGGUAUUCUAUUAUCCAUUUGUCUACCUUAAAAUCGAAUUACAACUUAUAAGAAAAAUGAAUUUAUUUCUUCAACUAUUUUUCAAACUACAACGAGCACAAAUCAACAUUUAA